GGGCUGUUUGAGCUAUGCUUAUUACGUGAUCCAGUACAACUGGAGAUGUCUGAAUCCAAGCAACGUUUGUAAUAAACAAUUCAAUGUCAAAUGCAUAUAUAUUACAUAAAUUAAUGGAGCAUUCAUUAUCUCUUCAAAUUUGUCAACUCUCAACUCUUUAAAUCUUGAUCCCAAAACCACAAAAAAUCAAUUAAUAAUCACAAAAUGGAAGAGAGGUGUGGAGAAGAAACAAUCCCAAUCCCAAUCCCAAUCCCAAUCCAGGAACAAUAUGCAAAUCCCGAUUUCGAGAUGGCAUAUUUCAACGAAAAUUUAGAUCACUUUCUUGAUCUAUUCUGCAAAGAGAAUGCAGCCGAUGAUCCUAUUCUCAACGAAAUAUACGACUUCGACACCCUAAACGACGACGUUGCAUUGACGAGUAGUCCUCUUCCAGACUUUCAUAGCAGCAUGCCUAACCACCUUCAAAACGACGACGUACAGGAUGAGGAUGAGGUCGAGGACGAGGACGAGGACGAGGAUGAGUCCUCGGCAACCACAUCGGAGAAGACAAAAAAGAGCGACAGAUCCACCACUUUGAUGUCGGAGAGACGCCGCCGCCGCCGGAUGAAAGAAAAGCUCUACACUUUGCGCUCCUUGGUUCCUAAUAUUACUAAGAUGGAUAAAGCUUCUAUAGUUGGAGAUGCAGUUCUGUAUGUGCAGGAAUUGCAAAAGCAGGCUAAGAAGCUAAGAUCGGAGAUCGCCGGCCUCGACUCAUCAUUCACACGACUCAACAACAGUAAAUCAAAAUUCAAGAAAACAAAUGCUUCCCCUACUCCCACAAUCAAGAAAAUUUUCAAGAUGGAUGUAUUUCAAGUUGAAGAAAGAGGUUUUUACGUGCGAAUAGUCUCCAAUAGAGAAAGAGGAGUUGCCGGAUUUCUCUACAAAGCGCUUGAUUCCCUCAAAAGAUUCCAGAUUAGGAGCUCUAAUCUGGUUUCUGAUGCUGAAAAUUAUGUGCUGACGUUCACUUUGCAUGUCGUUGAAGAAGAGGUGGAGACGGACGUCGUGCCAAGUCUGAAGAUGUGUAUUGGAAGGGCUUUUGUUGGUCAAGGAUUUGAUUUUCAAACAACCUCAUCUGCUUAAAAAGAGAGAGAUGCAUUUAAGAUAAAUGGGGUAUUUGAAAGAGAUAAAGGGAGGAGACGGGACAAUGGUGGCGGUGCGAGGAGAAGGAGAAGAAGAAGAAGAUGCAUGAAGAUUAAGGAAAUUAAUUAGAGGAAAUUGUACAAUAUUCUAUCCUUUGAUGAUUUAAAAAAUAAAUAAAAAUAAAAAAUGAGCUGACACAAUUUAAAGAGUCCAUAUGUACAUAAUGUGUGGUCAAAUUUAAGUUAUACUCCUUCAGUAAGAGAGUAC